GAAACAAACGCUGCAUUCAUCUUUUCCAGACUGCAGACUCGCUGCUGCCGCUGCUACUGCUGCUGCUGCUGCCGCUACUGCUGCGGGAACUUCCACCACUUUACUUUGGAGCAGCAGGCGAGCAGCCCGCUCCAGUCAGUCAGGCAGACCGACCGAGCGACAAUGUGGCUGGUUUGCGCGUGGUGUCUCGUCCUCCUCGCCCAAGUCUGUAACGGGCAGUCCGAGAGAAGGCCCUCUUUUACAUGUGGGGGAAACAUCACUGGACAAUCUGGAAUAAUCGGGAGUCAGGGCUACCCAGGAGUUUACCCCCCAAAUACUAAAUGCGUGUGGAGGAUCACAGUCCCGGAGGGCAAAGUGGUGGUGCUGUCGUUCCGCUCCCUCGACCUGGAGAACGACAGCCUGUGUCGCUACGACUACGUGGACGUGUACAGCGGUCACGUCAACGGCCAGCGACUCGGCCGUUUCUGCGGCACGUUCAAACCGGGGGCGCUGGUUUCCACCGGCAACAAGAUGACGCUGCAGAUGGUGUCGGACGCCAACACGGCCGGCAGCGGCUUCCUGUCCGUUUUCUCUGCCGCGCAGCCGCACGAGAGAGGGGAUCAGUACUGUGGGGGCAGACUGGACAAACCUUCUGGAACGUUCAAAACUCCCAACUGGCCCGACAGGGACUACCCAGCCGGUGUCACCUGCUCCUGGCACAUAGUGGCACCAAAGAACCAGAUCAUCGAAGUCAAGUUCGAGAAGUUCGACGUGGAGCGUGAUAACUACUGCCGCUACGACCACGUGUCCAUUUUCAACGGCGGUGAGAUCAACGACGCCAGGAGGAUCGGGAAGUACUGCGGAGACAGCCCCCCGGCACCCGUGUUCUCCGAGGGGAACCGGCUCCUCGUCCAGUUCCUGUCGGAUCUCAGCCUGACCGCCGACGGCUUCAUCGCCCACUACAAGUUCCGGCCCAAGAAGUUCUCCGUCACCACGCCGCCGCCGCCGCCCACAAGCACACAGCCGGUCACGAGCAGGCCCAUACCACUCAAGUACUCGGUGGCCUUGUGCCGGCAGAAGUGCAAACGACGAGGCACACUGGAGAGCAACUUCUGCUCCAGCAACUUUGUGAUUAGCGGCACGGUCAUUUCGGCAGUGGCGCGUGGCGGCAGCGUCCACGCAACGGUGUCCAUCAUGAACGUGUACAAAGAAGGCAACCUGGCCAUUCAGCAGGCGGGGAAGACCAUGAGCACCAAGAUUGUCAUCCUGUGUAACAAGUGCCCGUUGGUCAGGAGAGGCUCUGUGUGUGUGACCUCACCAGGCUUGAACUACGUCUUCAUGGGCCACGUGGACGAGGAGGGCCGCGGCACGGUGAGCCCCCAGCACUUUGUGCUGGCCUUCAAGACCAAGAACCGGAAGGUGCUCGGCGUGCUGACGAACAAGCGCUGCUGAGGGGUGGGGCCACGUAAAACCAUGGCUACCUGAGCAAAUUACUUCAUUCAAUUAAUUAAAGAGUUAAUAUAAAUGCUUUUUUUUUUUUGAUAAAAACUGGAGUUAAAGUAUGAAAGUAUUUACCAGGAGCUUAGUCAGCACAAUGACCUCCACGAUGUGACAAAACGUUGUUGACAAACAAUGCUGGGAUGGUUGAGAGGUUUUUAUUGUCAUGGCUUUCCAGCAACCAGCAUCUGCUCGCUCGCUCGCUCGGGCGCACGCACGCACGCACGAUCAUACAGGAGCACCAUGCCUUACAAUCCAAAGCAAUGUGCAAAAGUGAAUGUAAUUGAUUGAAAUUAGUGUCUGAAAAUCCAUUUUGAUUGCUAUUAUUUAUGACUAAUGGGACACGAACCUUCCACACACACACACAUACACGCAAUUUCAAGUGUUUAAAUGUGUUUACAAUGUAAAUAAGUCAACAUUUUAUGAGCUAAACCAGUGGAAAACAAAACAAAACAACAAAAUCUCUUGUACCGUAGCAUCCAACAUAUUUCAAAAAAAGGGACAUCAUUAAAAAAAGUUCCAAAGUGCA